GGAAUCCCCCCGGACGACGCAACGCAGGCAGCAGGAGAGUGUGCGCACAGAUUGACGUGGCAUUAUGGUGGCCCAUCCACGUGCGCGCACUGAUUGACGUGGCGCUGUGGUCAGCCGUUCACGUGCGCGCACUGUUGACGUCACGCUGCGGUCGUUCAUGCACGUCCGCGCAUCGAAUGAAGUCGCACCCUCGUCGCCCAUUUAUUUUCACGCUCACAGAUUGCCGUCGCGCUGUGGUCGCCCAUGCACGUGCGAGCACUGAUCGACGCGCAUUCCAGCCUUCAUUGGACAAACGUAACCGGUAGCAACGGACGUAGCGCGAGAGAGUCGAGCCAUGGCGAUGACAACGGAGAGCGUAGGAAAGCAAGAAGGAAAGACGUACUGAAGGAGACGAGACCGACGCGAGCUGGGGGGAGGGAACGUACGCAGGGAGAUAAGAUCCAUGCCCCCUACGGUAGCGACAGAAGCGUUGGAGGAGCAGGGCAAGCACUUCCCUGUCCCGUCGCGAAAUCAUACAGGCCACAACGUCGAGAAUGAGUAGAGUCGGGGAACAGUGAUGUUGCAAACCGGGAAGCGGUGGUGAUGUUGUGGCUCACAAAGAGUUGAAGUGAAGGCUUUUACAAGCUUAACUUCAUCUGUGGCUCACAAAUAGGCUAUAGAGUAUCUGAAGGGUUGCUGUGAGAGAUCGGUCUGCGGAGGGGCAGGAAGGAUAGAAAGCAAGGGUGUAGUACGAUGCCCGAUAAUCCCAGGGCUGAUCUGGACCGUUCUUCUCUUCCAGAGGACAGGAAGCAGGAAGAGGAAUGCACGACUGGUGUUGACGAGCCACAACAGCAAACACAUCAGAAGGGGAAUAAGAAGACGCAACAAGAGCUCCAGAGUUGUCUUGGGUGUCUGUUCUUCUCGCAGGGUUUAUAUCGUGACGGUCGCCAGCCCGUGUGUUUUGGGUUGAAGCGGAAGGAGACAGAUUUCGUUGGGUAUCGGCCAACAAGGGUGGAUGAGGUAGAAAGAAGCGGCAGUAGUGGUGGCCGAGAUGGCUCUGUGCAACUUGACUUCCGGUAUGUUUGCGUAGGGUACUCCAUUUAUGGGGAUGGAAGAGGAACAGGUGUUACUGGCGUGGAGAGCGACAGAAAGGGGGGGCCGGAGGGUACAGUUGUUGCCGGAGGAUACGGCGAGGCGAAGGCGGGUGCUGCAGCUUAUCUUCCCCUCUGCUCUGGUAGUGAGAUUCUUCUCGAGAAGAGAGCAGAGCUCCACCCACAGCAGCAGCAGCACCUCCAGAAGAAGCGGGGUGAAGACCAGAAGAAUGAAGGUCUAAUUGAGGCGACGCCUGACUCUUCAUCGACACCCGGCAAUCUUGAUGAUGAAGAUGGUUUCAUCGUCAAGGAGAGCAAGCGGCCUUCUUCUCGCCCCCUGUUACCGAUCAUCCGCCCGGGUGUGGGUGUCGGUACAAUCCCUGUGGACGAGUUUGCAGGGAGGUUCUUGCGGUCUGCGGGUCUUAUUGCAGCACGCGUUGUGACAAAUAUGUCAAAGGUGGCUGGUGCAGUCAAAGCAGGUGUUGACGACAUAUUCUACCCUGACCGUGGGAGGUCCAAAUGAGUGGGGUAGUCUGUCGGAAAAGGUGUGGGUAAGUCGUCGUUCUUAGGAAGCAGUGAUUGUUGGUUAAGGCUUACUGUCAGUGUUGCAGGCGUUGGAGUGGUUUUCAUUUCCUGUAGUUGAUGUUCAAGUCUGCGAGGAAAGAGGGGAGUGAGUGUGUGUGGAGGAAUGGCCAUGCUUGGAUUCCAUUGCCCUCCUUACUUUGGACGAUUUCGCUGCAAGAAAAGAUGUAUUAUUGCACUCACGGCGUUGACAUCACCUCAGAAAACAACUUGCUAACAAAAUAAAUUUGCCGUGGUGCGUGCUGGCCGUGAGUGCGCGAGAGGCCGAAGGAAAAUGCUCUUGCGAGGACGGCUCGUCAGCAGAGUGGGGCUAAAUUUCCACUACUAACGUUGGUCUCGGGGUGGCCCGUGCCUUGUCUGUAGUUUGAUCAUGCAAUCUUUUCCUUCGUCCUGUUCCGCUGGAUAGUCAUCGAGUGUUGAGGGGAGUAGGUAGAAUAUUUGUUUGGUCAGUUCUGCUGUGGUUUACAGUGCGGCAGAAGUCAGGGGGGUGGGGGGGUGGGGGAGGGGGGAAGUACUGAAGUAGGACACUUGGUGUUUCUAGAAAGUAGUGAUUAGUAGAGGGGGGGGGUUACUGGCUAACGUUGCAAGUUGCGAAGGAUUGUCAUUUCCGGUACUUCUAUCCAAUGAAUUGAGCAGGAGGGAUGAGGGGAGGAAGUGUGUGGGGAUGGAUGAAUGGCCAUGCUGGGAUUCCAUUUGCCCUCCUUAGUGCACUUGAUUUCACUGGAAGAGCAGCUGCUUCCUUUUGCAGUUCCUUAUCUGUAGGAGUAUGGUGUAAUCAUUAAACUCUCUUCCUUUUCUAUUGCAUAAGCUAUUGUGGGCAGGGAGAGCAUAUUUUUUUUGGUGUGAAUUCUACCAUAGUUUUACAGCGGCACACGUGCGGUUGGGGAAGCACUGAAGGAAGGCGAUUAGAGUAUGAAUGAAAAGCAGAGGGGAGGAAAGAGAGCCAGAGCAGGAGGAAUAGAGAGAUAUUAGGGUGGGGGGGGAGCAGGUGCAAUUCUGAAAGGGGGAAGGAAGCUUGCUAGCUUGUGUCCCCGCCGAGGGCGUGUGUGGGAAAGUGAGGAAAAAUAUGGAAACCGGAGGAGUAAUCUUCGAAUACAAUUCGUCGACCCCACUUUAGCAUCGGCAUCAUUAUUUCUGGUGUUCAUACUUCCACCUCUCCAUUGCCAAGGGUGAAAACAUACACUGAGCGGAGGGGCUGGAAGGGAAAGGUUGUCUUUGCCAACUUCACGAUUCCUCGUGCCAGUACGAUUGAGCGACACAUGCAUGUCACACAAUGCUAUGUACACAGUCUUUAUGUGUUUGUCUGUUUGAGGGUUGUCCAUCUUAUAUUUGCUCAUUGUUUACGGGUGCGCCCACGCACUUGUGCGCGCGCGCAGGUGUGUGUGUGUGUGUGUGUGUGGGUGUGUGUGUGUGUGUGUGUGCGCAAAGUACUGACAAAGGGUAGCCUACAUCUACACUCUGUCAUACAAGGUUCAAUUGUUUCGAGGUGUGUGUUUUGGGGCAUUAGAGGGGCACUGUUAUUAUUCUUUCACAUCGAGGUGGAGUAGAACAGUGUGAUUCUGUUGCAAUGAUUGUUAUGAUGUUCCCGAUAUCAAAAUCAGAAGAGUGUCACUUAAUUGUGGGGAUUGCUAUGUUACAGACUUAUACAACACUAAAGUGAGACAGUUUCAUUUUACUACAGGGACAUCAAAGUGCAGUAGUUCUAUUGUGACACAGGGACCAUUUACUGUGAAAGUCUAACAAUGUUGCAAUUGUGCCACACGUAGUGUCGCCUCAUGGUUAUGGUUCUAUCGUGUCGCGAGGGGGAUUUGUUGUCGCCAUGAUUUGUUGUUGUGAUGGAACAAUAACCUCUGCAUGCUUACCAGAGGAUAUCCAUGCUGGCUAAAUCUG